AUGUCGACGUCCGAUGCUGCACCUGCUGCUGGUGGUGGUACUGAAGCCACUGAGGUUGUCAACCAUCUGAAGAGAAAGUCCUCUGAUAUAGGCUGGGAGUGGGCGCGUCUCUGUGAUCCCAAUGACAAGAACAAAUGUCCAAAAGUUCCUGAGGAAGUUAAGGAGAAGUGCAUUAAGAAUCUUGAUGAAAUAGCAAAGAAGAAGAAAGAUCAGCAGCAACAUGAUAGAGAAGUUAGGGAGAAUGUGCAGAUUGCUACCGGUGAAGAGGAAGAAGUGGUCGAAGUUGAGUCAAUUGUUGGAAGCUCAAGCACGCCCAAGAAGCUAGGGCCCAUGGACAAAUUUACACGUCCCAUUGAUCCCAAGUUAAGCAGUGCUGAAGCUAAGAGGCAACAAAACAUAAAUGAAGCACUUUGGAAAGAGAGAACACACCAAGUGCAGCAAUAUGUUGCUAAAUGGGUCUAUACACAUGCUAUUCCAUUCAAUGCUUGUGACAAUGAUGAGUUCAAAGAAAUGGUUGAAGCUAUUGGUCAAUUUGGUCCUGGUUUCCAACCUCCAACUCAAUAUGAUCUUCGAGGCAGAUUGUUGGAAGAGGAGCACGCAAGAACCAAGAGCUUGCUACAAGACCGUGAAGAUGAGAAGAUUAAGCAUGGCUGCUCCAUCAUGACUGAUGUUUGGACAGAUAUGAAGAGAAGGAGUAUUAUGAACCUGUGCACAAAUACAAGUGAGGGCACAACUUUUAUCAAAUCAAAGAAGAUGUCAGAUGUGUCACACACUAGUGGAGUUAUAUAUGAGCUCGUUGACAAGGCAAUUGAGGAUGUAGCUGCUGAAAAUGUGGUGCAAAUUGUGACAGACAAUGCCUCUAACAACAUGGGAGCUAAGGCUUUGCUACAAGCUAAGAGGCCAAACAUAUUUUGGAGUUCUUGUGCAACUCAUACCAUCAAUCUUAUGCUGCAAGGUAUUGGCAACCUUGCAAAAUUCAAGAAGACGAUUGAUCAAGUAAAAUCAUUCACUAUCUUUGUGUAUGGUCACCACCGAACUUUAGCAUGUUUGAGGUCCUUCACCUUGAAGAGAGAAAUCAUAAGGCCAGGGGUAACCAGAUUUGCUACAGCCUAUCUGACAAUGCAAAGUAUGAUGGAGAAGAAGGAUUGUCUAAGGAAGAUGGUGGUUGAUUCCAAGUGGGAAGACAUACCUGAAGUGAAGACCAAAAAAGGCAAGGAUGCUACAGCCACGGUGUUGAACAUACAAUUUUGGAGAAAUGUGUCCCUUUGUUUGAAGAUCUUUGAGCCCUUGGUGAAAGUUUUACGUUUGGUGGAUGGGGAUGUGAAACUAUCUAUGGGUAUGUCUACGGAGAACUUCUCAAGGCAAAGAAAGAGAUCAUGGAAUUAUUUGGAAAUGUGGAAAAGAACUACAGAGAUGUGA